ACACACAAAAAAAAUAAAAACAAAUCAAGUCCGUUAACGAUGUCAUAUAUUAUGAGCUAAAGUCAGAAGGAGCCUAAUUCAUUGUCGGGGUUGUUUACAUAUUGUCAUGAUUAUUAUGUGGGUGGUUGUGUGUGUUUUGUCAACAUUUAAACACAUGUUCGACGUGUUAGACAGUAAGGCGUCCUCUUUUCUACACAUUAACAACGGAACGGGAAUUUUUAAUGGAAGGGGAGUUGGAAGUGACUUAAACCACAGGAUUCGCCGAGGAACAUUUAGUGCUCAAUGUGCGACAGAUACAGUUUUUUCCGAAUAAUCGAAUACACGAAUACAACUUCCUUCCUAAAGUGUGCAUCGUCUAAUUAAGGGAUAAACGAUAAUCAAAAUUAAACGAAAGAAAAACUGUGUGGAAAAAAAUUAAUAGAAAGCCCGUUUUCUUCAGUCAAAGCCGUCAAAUGUUUUCCCCACUUUCAUUAGAAACGUUAAACAGCUACAAUAGUUUGGAUAAUCUGACGGAUUGUUUUUCUUGCGACUGGCUACAUCACCCUUGUUACAACCCUUAUUUCGGUCAGAGAUAUAUGUAUCCCUAUUGUUCGCAUCUUUGGUUUCCGAUCCCGGUCAAACUUCAACAGCCGCGCCCCGAGAAACCUCCCUAUUCGUAUAUCGCCCUGAUAGCAAUGGCAAUAAGUUCUUCUCCCAAGCAAAGGCUCACAUUAAGCGGAAUUUACAGAUUUAUAAUGGACAAUUUUCCGUACUACAGAGAAAACAAACAGGGUUGGCAGAAUUCAAUACGGCACAAUUUAAGCUUAAACGAUUGUUUUGUAAAAGUUCCUCGAGACAGGGUGUCUCCUGGAGGUCCAGAGCAGGCGGGAGGUAAGGGUAGUUACUGGAUGCUGGACCCUACAUCUAUCAACAUGUUUGAAAAAGGAAAUUACAGAAGACGGAAAACUAGGAGACAGAGAAUAGCCGAAUGCACGGCUAGUUUUUUUCAGGAACAGCCUUUAGCAUUACUGAGCAAAAGUUGUAGUACGCCAAGUUUGUCGUCUUCGACAACAGAGGAAUUGAAUACAAGUUCGUCGCAUGCGAGACCUUAUCAGAAGACGAAAUCAAAGAAAUCUCGGUUAUUUACCAUCGACAGUUUGAUCAGUUCGAAUGAUCAAUCGCCCGUAUACCAACCGUCAAAUCAUAAAGAGGACGAUUAAAUAAAUAGUGUAGACUUUGAAGUUACCUUCACUUUGUGAUCCGCGUGUAAAUUAUUCCUUCUACUUACUGUAAAAAUAAAGUAACAAUA